AUGGGCAACUCGAUGUCAUGGUUCUCCAACCUACUGUUCACGAAAAAAGAGAUUAGAAUAUUGAUUCUCGGCCUGGAUAACGCAGGCAAGACAACACUGUUGUAUCGACUCAAGGUUGGCGAGGUCGUCACAACGAUACCUACGAUCGGUUUUAACGUCGAGUCUGUCACAUACAAGAACCUCAACUUCAAUGUCUGGGCGGCUUUGCAGGAUCUCGGUGGUCAAACAAGCAUCCGACCAUACUGGCGGUGCUACUAUGCCAACACAGCAGCUGUCAUCUUCGUCGUGGACUCUACCGAUAUCGAGCGAUUACAUACGGCCUCGGAGGAGCUCUCGGCCAUGCUGAAUGAGGAGGAACUCAAGGAUGCAGCGCUACUGGUUUUCGCCAACAAGCAGGAUCAGCCCGGCGCCAAGGGCGCGGGCGAGAUUUCCGAGGCGCUGCGUCUUGGUGAACUCCGCGACCGCAAUUGGAGCAUCAUGGCAUGUUCGGCGGUCGACGGUAGCGGUGUGAAUGAGGGCAUGGAUUGGCUUGUGCAAACCGUCAACCAGGAUUAA